GGGGCCUGUGUCUGUCCUGGCGGGUGGCUCGCUGGUUUGGCAGCACAUCUGGUCGCCGCUGCCGAACCAACCGGCCACCGUCGUUCGCUCAAUCCAUCAAUCCAUCAGUCCAACACAACUCCCCCUGCCCCGCACGCUGCCUGCUUCUCGCCCUGCUGCAGCUGCACGCUCGGCUCUGCCCACUAUGAACCGGAGCAUCUACCAGAUCCUCUCCCGACUUCUGGACGAGCGGCUGGUGCUGCCCACGUCGGCGUUACCGCCGCCCGACACUGCUCUGUCUGGAUUCCAGGACGGCAACUGGGUGGUUGCCCAGGAAGACCAGCCCGACCCGGACUCGAAAGAAACUCGAUGGUUUCGCUAUUUCAACGACUAUUUCCUCGAGGCAGGGCACUCGGAACAUAACGACGACCUGCUCUUUUUCGUCCGCCAUCGCGAUACCGAGGCCGCCGCGACCGAUCCGCUGUUUCUGAGGCGAAAGGUCGGCAAUGUUCUGCCACCCCUCACCGACCUCGUCGACUGGAAGGAGACCUUUUUCCUGAAUCUCAUCGUCCAGCUGCCAUGCACCUUGACCGUGUCGGUCUGCAAAAGACAGCAGUCCACAGAGGCCACAGACGAUACCACCGGAACCAUUCCGCGCAAGACGAGCAGCUUGAUCCAUCGUCCGCCAAGCGAGAAGGUCUUGGGCGACCCGGUCCCAGUCCACCCCAGCCACUCUGCAAGCCACCGACGCUCGAUCGCCGACCCUCCGAUUCGCCGAGAGGCCGGUGGCCACUCAGUCUCGCCCGAUCCUCGACGAGCGUCGCUCUAUGGCGCAUCUGCCGGAUCCGAUGCUCAAGGCAGGGCAAAGCCAAAGCCCAAGAUGGUGGCGCUCAGACGAGUUUGCAAGCAGGUGUAUGCCGCUCCAUACAAAUCCCGGAUGGACGUCAAGGAUGCCUUCAUGAACGAGUGUUCCUAUCCCCUGGUCUACUACACCAUCAAUGACUAUGAGUCGGACGACCUGCAUCUGCCCAUCCGCGAGAACGAGCACCUCUGCGUCGAGCUGUCUGUCAUGAUGCCGCAAUCCGGCGGCCUUGCGGCCCCAGCCGCCGGUGUGGAAGAGCCUCUGUCCGACUCGAGUCAUUUCUGGGACAACCUGGCGGCCAUCACCGUCGACCAAGACCCAACGCCUUUCCCGACCCCUGCGGGCUACAGCAAAGUGGUUCUCUUCCAAGGCGCCGUCCCCUAUUCGUCACUGUCCGAUAUCUACCAAGAGAAGGGUAUCAUCACUCAGAACCCGAUCAAGAGCACCUGGCACAGCCUCACCCGAGACGGCACCAAAGCCCAGUCCAACGGCUCGCUGGACCAUCGAGGCGAGCGCAUCGAGUAUAUCAUGAUGCGUGGUCCGAAUGGGAAGGGCCAGUGCCAAGUGGCCAUCACCAACCAUCCCAAGUCGCGGUGGGACGGUGAAGAGGCCGAGGUCAGUCCUUCACACUCGCACUCGCACUCGCACCGAAAGAAGAACUCCAUGUCGUUCGCCAGCCAGGACAGCCUGCGGGAUUCGUCCGAGAGUCUGGAUGGCGAGCCGCGAACCUCAAAGUCCAAGCGCGCCGCUCAGCUCUCGCUCGUCGACCGCAUCAAAAUCUUCAGCAGCAGCGUCGUGCGCGCUGCAAGUUCGCUCGGCACGAGCCCAACGUCGCUGGUUUCCCAAUCGAUCUUUGGCUUGUCGGAGAGCGACGACGCACUCGAAGCCGACACGCGGCUCGAGUGCUCCAUGACCUAUGUCAAUGUCCCGUGGCAGUUUGUCAUCAACGACCUUGUGGAUCAUGUAGCCUCCCAACGCAACGGGCUCUCGAGCUGAACGGCUCUUGGGACCGGGCGAUUUUCGACGGCAUCGGCCGAUUCAUCAUGGGGUCCGCAAAAUGAGCCAGGAUGCCCUGUAAU